GCAAUUAAAGCCCACCUAUUACUCCGCCCAUUUGCUGUGCAUCAGAAAGUGUACCAGCCGCCUUGUUUUCACGUGGACCGCGUUUGACUUCUUACUGCUUCCUGUGUAAAGAUGGCUACGGCAUUGUGGAACCGAGUAGAAAUCGCUUAUCCUGGUACAAGAUCAACGUUGAAUAUAAAGAUUAGUGAUACUACAGAGAUCUGUAUAGAACGCCUUCUUAAAUCGUGUGAAAGUGUGUUGACACUGCUGAGGAGUAAAGUACUCAAAAUCGAGAUUGAGGUCCUCUAUUCCCUUCUUUAUGUUUUUCACAACAGACUUCGUCAGCAUAAACCGUACCAGGCUCUAAAACAGGUUGAACAAUGUGUAAAACGCUUAAAUGGUAUGAAACUGGAGACUGUUAUUCAAGAUCUGAAAGAGAUGUGUCCAAAGAGACUUGAAAACUCACCGAACUUUGAGAACGUCACACGUGAAGUCCCCAGCCAGCCUGUAUUAGAAUGGCUGUCCUUGAAGAUCAUGGGAGGCUGCAAGCUGGCUCUGUGUUUCAUGGAAAAUUGCUCUAAAGUCUUUCUGUUGACAAUACAACACCUCUACUGGGAAGAGUACAUUGUUUUAAAUGUGGUUCUUACAGGAAUGCUCAGUAGAUUGUGGGUGCUGUUCAGGGGCAUACUAAAAAACCUGGCUGCUCUAUAUGAGGAGAUGUUCCUGUUACUGCAGGAGGUUUCUGGGAUACAGCAGAUGCCAUUUGUGAAAGAAUUCACGUUUCCUUCCGACAUGAAGAGUUUUCUAGGCCCAUCUUACAUAGAAAUAGUGAAUAUGAAGCUGCCUAAAGCCCCUGCUAUUAAAUCUGCAAAAAGUAAAGGAGCAGCGAAAAUGCUCGAUGCGUUAUUUGCUUCCGAGGCUGGAUAUAGCAGUGAACGACGAGAGCUGGUAAAACCAGCGAGCAAAGGCAAGAAGAGCACCACGAAAGGGAAGAAAUCCUUGGAUGUUUGGUGUCCUGUGAUAGAGAGACACCCUGAUGAUUUUGGAACUCUGUCUGGAUUGGAUGUAAAGGCUUUGUGCAGAAGACCCCAAGGUAGCUCAAAGGUGGUUACAUCUCAAAGUAAGCUAUCUUUGAAAAAAGCUGUUCUGCCACAAAAGAAGGGGUUGAUUCGUAAGAAGAAAUCCUUUGUUUCCCAAAUUAAAGGGACACAGUCUUUUAGUGACCUGACAGAAGCACUGGAGGAAAUGGUAGACUGGUGCAGGGGGAAAAAACUAAAGUCUGAAACCAUGCAGUUGGGUUACAAGCUUCUCAAGUGCAGGAGGCUCAAAUAUAUGGAAGCUCUGGGAUGCAGUUUACACCGCAAGCUGAAUUGCUUCAGAAGAGCUGUCUGUAAAUCCCUACUCCGUGGUGGAAGGUGCAUUCCUUUCCAAUCAACAUUGAAAUGGACACGUUUUGUUACUAUAAGGCAUCAGUUUGACAUGAAAUUAAAUAGGUUUCCAGUCGGUCAAAGGACUACAAGAAGACGUGUGCAAUCUAAAGAAUAUGCUCAGCAUCCUGUUUUUGUACAAAGUGUUCAAAAUAUGAACGUGUCCAGUCAAAGUCCAAGGACUACAGUUAUUCAACAGACUGUAAAAGAAACCUCAAGUGGAAUUGGUGUGCCAAAAAACAGUGUGGAGGAGGAUGCUGCUGCUGAUAUUGACAGCAUUUUUGCAGCAAUUGGUUUAUAAGCCAUAUAGGUUAUGAGCUGCAGUUAGAAUAACUGUCAAAACCUGCAAUUCAUGCUACUGAUAAAUGUUUAAACAAACUUGCAUGGCCUUGAUUGGGUGAUAUGUAAUCUACUGGAUGAAAGUAAAAAUUGUAAAUACAGCCCUGUUAUGACAAUAAAUAUCUAAUGAGAA